AUGCAGGCCGUCCCCAGUCUCGUCGGCACCGGCACUGCUGUCGCUGCGGCGACAACGGGUCUCAUAUUCGGUCAACUGGCCGAGGGACAGCUGCCGCCCCCCUCGCCGCGGCCUGCUUCCCACAAGAGAAAGGCAACCCCCGAGGGAGACUUGAUCUCGCGCCCGGGAACCAGGGAUUCCGCCGCUGCUGUCGCCGACAGCAUUGCCCAAUUCUCCUUCCCCCCGCCGCAGGGCGCCUCUCUGCAGCCACGAAUCCCUCGCCGCUCGUCUCACACCCAAAUCACUCCUCCGAAAGCCUCGAAUUGGCGGUAUUCCUACGGCAAGCAGGGCGACGUAGCUGCGGUGCCCAUAGCCGAGGACGUGCGGGACUCAUUCUCCUCCAACGGCUCGUGGAUGCGCAGGCUCUCGCUACGCCCCUUGUCGCAACACGAGAGCCUCAAGUCGAGCAGCGGGCCCGACUCCCAGUCCGUCUUCUCUCGUGGCUCUGGAGCUCCCAUCUUGUCGCCCCUCAGUGCAACGGGCCCUCAGCUCCCCCCAAACAAACUGGUGAAGCGCUCCUCCACUAGGAAUGGUGUCGACACGGGACUGGUAGUUCGGCGCGGCUCGAGGUCACAGAUGCCCACAUUGCGGCGGCCCGCAACAAGUCACCAACGAUCUGCGACGCUUCAUCAGCUGUCGGUGGAGGCCGUUCCGCCCGUGCCCAAGUUCUCCUUUGACGUUCAACCACCUCGGCCGAGGGCUCAGACUUUGGCAACGCCCCAGAUUGAGCCGGCCGUGGAGAUACCAUCGAGCGACAGCUUCAGGUGGAAAUCUUUCUUCCAUGCCAGGAUAGCUCGAAUCACAACCAAGGCGUCCUCGAAACGAAGUGAUACGGUAGACCCGCCAGGCGCCAAGCGGAUCUGUGUCGAGCAGAAUACUCUCGAGAGAGCAUAUUUAAUUACGCCUAGAUCUGUCAUGGCUGCUCCGGUCGCUGACCAGGUUUACCCCAACGUUGAAGCCGACGCAAGUGCUGAGGUUGAGGACAGCCCCCAAAGUUCCAACAAGACAGACCCGUCACCUGGUGCUACACCCUCCAAAACCCCCAGAAGAUCCAUAUCAAUGCAGUUCAGCUCGCCCACGAAUUGGAUCUCUAAAACUGGAAGCAUCAGGCGGCGCAAAAGAGGCGCAGGUGGUGAUGGCGCCAAUUUAAACAAGCGUUAUGCGUCUGAUCCGGUGACUGGUGCAUCUGAGGCGCACGCCGGCGACGACACAGGCAUGGCGGAAACUCUCAACAGAGCGGGGGAGCCUAGUCGGGUUGAGUCGGAGUUGACAGCUAUAUUCCAACCGCCCAACACCAGCAGAAGCUCUUCGUCACCUCUCCCGCCGCUGUCAAGGCUUUCAAGCUUCCACAUCGACCUGAACCGCCUUGGCUCAUCUGGGAGCCAGGGGAAGCUAGACGAUGCAGCCGCCGUUGGUCAUUCGACGGCCACCAUAAGAGUGAACUCAAAUGCGUCUCAAGCUCGGACGCUAGACCGUGCGUCCACAGUCGCUAGUUCUGAGUACCACCGUGGGUUCACUUCUGGGGAUGAUGAUGACACAGACUUCAAGACAGAUACCCCGUUUGACUCUCUUCGGACGGUGGGCUCUGGACGUCGGAGAACGCUGGACUCGCCUUUGGAAUCAAUGUUUGACGAGUCGCCCCCCAGCACAGCGGGAAUCAGCAAGCAGCCGAAACGCUUGUCUAUACAAGAGAUAUUGGGCCCAGCCUUUGACGGCGGCAACAAGAUCAUGGAAGAGGAUGAGGGGUUGCCUACGCCAGUCCGUGGAACUUACGAUGAUGCAGAGGCUCAUUUUCGACUUGCCAGUCUCGAGGACGAGGGGGCUUUCAGAUAUCGAUCCGGAUCGCCUGAUUACCUGUCACAUAAAGAUAUCGGCAGACUCUCGCUUGACGAUGACGACGAUAUGGAUUGGGCCCGAGAUGAUGAGCACGACGUAUGCAACCACCUCUCGCCUCCAAGCUCCAUGAAUUCUCGGAGAGGAAGCCCCAACCACCGGGCCGCUUUGAUGAUGAUUAGUGGCAACGAGAGCCGUGAGUCCCAGCGGGAUGUGAGCAGCGAGCGCCCACGUAGCAAUGUUUUUGACUGGGCAGAGCCGGCACCUCAUGACAAGCACGAACAGGAUGGACCGCGGCCGAAGACCGUCCAUGGAAAACAGGAACUUGACAUCAGGGGUGGAAGAUCAGCAAGCCGGAGAGGCCCAGUGGCUGCGCACAUCCGGAGUCAGAGCGUUCCCGUCGUUCCUGAUCUUGUUGACAGUUCCAAAUCAACACCAAAAUUCGGCACUUGGGGCCUAGGGUCGAAGAACGUUAGCGAGGACUGGGACGACGACUUUGAAUUCGAAGAAGAGAGCGAGGCCGGCCGCAUGGAAGGCAAGAAAGCAGAAAACCGCUUGUCUAUGAUUGUCCCAGCUUCCAUCCAGGCAACACAGCCCACGGUGAAAGCACAUUCUGGACAGAUCCGCGAACUGUCGCUCCUGGUCAACGACCUAAAGCGACUCUGCCGCCUGGGAAGAGAAAUGGAGAUGUUAGCGGGCCCAUACGCAAAGCUUUGGCGCGAAGCCGAGGGCAUCAUUGCUCUAGCGUCGCCAGACGACGAUGCCUCGGAGGAUAUCUCAUCUCACGCAGACACCGACGAAUUUGACUCGAGCCUUAUUGACGAACGCUUCCUCGAUGAUGGGUUCGAUGCGGGAGUCCUCGACCGGUCUGAUUUCACAGCCAAAUCACACGGGGGGCAGAUCAAGACUGCGGUGGUCAAAGAACGGCCCUUGGCCCGACGACGCUCCGUGUUCUCGCCCGAGGACGAUAUCUUUGGAACUUGGCCGCACACCGAGGGGGACCAGACCCCUGAGCCGCCUAGAACGCCCGAGCCCAGGAGGCCUAGCACCCCUUACAAUCCUUCUUCGGUCGCAAGAUCUCUCAUGGAAUCGAUGCAUUUGCGCCGCAGGCAGCCUACCGAUGUUGAUUACGAGGAGGGAGAAUCGGAUGGAAAGCUCAACUUUGACACCAACAGCUUGAAGGAGCUUGUCAAGCGCGCUGGUGACCUGCGAGACUCACUCUCGGACCUCGUCCGCAGGGCAGACCACAUCACCUCCAGCCCGGUUCGCACACCCAGGCGAGAGCGAGCUAGCAAGACCGAAGAUGGCAGCCCUGCUUUCACGCGCGUCUUCGAGGAUCCUGCUACGACCCCGACUCCAACUCGUCAACUUCCCCAUAGUCGCAGCAGCAACUCGGUGCUCAGUAGCGGCUCCGUCGCUGCCUCGCCAUCUAACGGACUGAGUCAGCGCUUGCAGAUGAUGACAGUAGGAUGA